GUUGAAGUGAACCAAAAUCCGUAGGUCGUAUCGUAGGGAGGGCCUGCGCCGAUCCCCAUCCGUCCCGCGACUCGAACUCGAGCGAGCAGAGGCGGCGCCGGCGCUCGUCCUGCCGCCACCGCCGCGGCCGCCUGAGCCGAUCCCAUCCAUCCCGCGAGCGAGCGAGCGCUUCCGCCGCAUCCUGGUCCUGGAUCAGGUAGAAGGAGAUGGCGACUCUUGGUCUUGCCCCAAACAUGAAUCCAAACAAGUCAUUUGAGGUACUGCCUAAUCCAGGUGACUCCGUAUCGAGCCUCAGUUUUAGCCCAAAGAGCAACCUUCUGGUGGCAACUUCCUGGGAUAACCAGGUGCGGUGCUGGGAGAUUGUUGGUGGGAGUAGUCAACCAAAGGCAUCUAUAUCGCAUGACCAGCCAGUCCUCUGUUCAGCUUGGAAGGAUGAUGGAACUACUGUGUUCUCUGGAGGCUGUGAUAAACAAGUAAAAAUGUGGCCUCUGUUGUCUGGUGGGCAGGCUCAGACUGUUGCAAUGCAUGACGCACCUGUCAAGGAGAUCGCUUGGAUUCCUCAAAUGAAUCUUCUUGUCUCUGGAAGCUGGGAUAAGACUCUAAGGUAUUGGGACACAAGGCAAUCAAAUCCUGUCCAUGUUCAGCAACUUCCUGAGCGCUGUUACGCACUUACAGUGAAUUAUCCCCUUAUGAUUGUGGGAACUGCUGAUCGUAAUCUGGUCGUCUUCAACUUGCAGAAUCCUCAGACGGAGUUCAAGCGCAUCCAAUCGCCACUCAAAUACCAGACUAGGUGUCUUGCUGCAUUCCCGGAUCAACAAGGAUUUUUGGUGGGUUCCAUAGAAGGAAGAGUUGGUGUGCAUCAUAUUGAUGACUCACAGCAAAGCAAAAAUUUCACGUUCAAAUGUCACAGGGAAGGGAAUGAUAUUUUCUCUGUCAAUUCACUCAAUUUUCACCCAGUUCAUCACACGUUUGCAACUGCUGGAUCAGAUGGCGCAUUUAAUUUCUGGGAUAAGGAUAGCAAACAAAGACUGAAGGCUUUUAGUCGGUGCCCUCUUCCUAUUCCUUGCAGUACCUUCAACAGUGAUGGGUCGAUAUUUGCUUAUGCAGUCUGCUAUGACUGGAGCCGUGGGGCUGAAAACCACAACCCUGCCACUGCAAAGACAUCCAUCUAUCUUCACAGUCCACAGGAAUCUGAGGUUAAAGGGAAGCCGAGAAUCGCAACAAGUAGAAAGUGAUUACAUCCAGCUACGCAAAACCAAAGAGUGCACAAGAAAUCAUGUACAUUGGAAGACAAAAACGUUUCUCCAGGACCUCUGUCCAUCGUGUAGGAUGCUUUUCUCUUGGUUGGUCAUCAAUUUUGUUGUGUCCAGUCUGGUGUUAGCAUCUGGUAGAUGUAAAUGUCAGUCUACUCGUAGUCACUGAAGAUAGGGGGUUUAGUCGCAGGUUUUAGCAUGCAUCAGUUUGCAGUGUCUAGUUCUAUUUAAGUUAUGUUUACCAAGUUUAUGCGAGUCUUAUGUUGUCGAUAUAAUCAGAUCAGCCCGAACCGUUUCUAAGGGAGGUGUUGCAAGUGAUGUAAAUUAUUGCAAAUGUAGAUUCAUAUUUCGUUAGAAUUAUCGCCACGUUCUGAGAUGUACUAAAUUUACCCGUGAGAAACCAGUGGAUGCUGACUUUCUGGUUUUGGCCCGUGAAUCUGAAUGGCCUACUUGAAUUUGAAAUGGUAGCUGUCU